AUGGCGCCGGCUGAUGCUGUAGGAGCCUCGAUCAACUUCGGUAGUGGGAACAUUGGUACGCAAGUAGGUAUCAGCAAUGGGCCGAUAUACGUGACUUCAGGUAUACGACUUUGCUUCUUCGGCUCAUGGGUUGGCAGCAAAUCGCAACUCGCCAUCGAGUUCUGUUACCAGGUCCGCGACCAAUCUCCUGAGAAAUGGGUUUUGUGGAUCCACGCAAGCAAUGCGGCACGGGUCGAGCAGAGUUGUCGCGGCAUCGCAGAUCGGCUGAAAAUACCCGGUCACCGAAAUCCACAAGCCAAUGCCCUGAAGCUUGUAUGCGAUUGGCUGAGUGAUUCCGAGUCUGGAGAAUGGGUGCUUGUACUGGAUAAUAUCGACGACGAGGAGAUUCUGACUGCGGUUUCGCCAAGCGAGUCUGUUAAUUCCGACCUCUCCAUAUGGGCCUACUUCAGCCAGCUUACGAAAGGCUUUAUUGUGGUCACCAGUCGGAACAGAGCUGUUGCAGCGCGAAUAGCGGAAGACUAUGAUAUUCUUUCGAUUGAACCGAUGGACAGAGCACAGGCUGUGUCGCUCUUCACGAAGAAGCUUGCAGCUCCGGUGGACGAAAAUGACGUCUUUGAACUGACCAAGGCUUUGGACUUUAUGCCGCUUGCCAUCGUCCAAGCUGCUGCUUACAUUAAGCAGAGGGCCCCGCCAGUCGGUCAAGCGGGAGCUAACUUUGUGCAGUUGACCGGUCAUCUUUUCGAAUGGGACAGUGAUGUCCCGGACGCCGUAUACGAAGAUAACUACUAUAAGGAGGCGAUAAACAGAGAGCCUAAUAAUUUUGAUACAUUCGAAGACGACAUCUUUAUUCUUAGGGAUUAUUCCAUGAUAUCCAUCGGCCCUGACGGAAAGGACUUUGAGAUGCACCGACUUGUCCAAUUAUCCAUGCAAAAGUGGUUGUCGGACCAGGGACAAUUGGAUGCAUGGAAAAAGUACUUCUUCAUCAAGCUCAGCAGGCGCUUUCCCGUAGUCUCGUCUGCCACCUGGCCGCAAUGCCGACUUGUCUGCACCCAUUUCCAGCGAGAAAGCAAGCGGGAACCUGGAAGUGACGAAGCUCUUGACUUGUGGGCCAUGUUGAACUACAAAAUGUCCAAUUUCGCCUAUCUGGAAGGCAGGUUGGCGGAUUGCAAAUUGGCAGCUGAUAGGUCCAGGCUGGCUCAACUCAAGCAAUUCGGCCCGGAACAUGAGAAGACGCUUGCAAGUACUGAGCUCCUAGCCUCAGCACAUAUAGCUAUGAAAGAACCUCAGCGAGCACUAGAGCUACAGUCAUCUGUUCUUGAGGUGAGAAUGAGAGUGACGGGGCCCAAGCAUCCACUCACCCUUCUCAGCAUGGACAAGCUUGCCUACAUCUAUCAACAUGACAGAGUAAGGCGGUACAACGAAGCAGAGGCCCUUCAGUUGGAGGUUACUCAAACCUCCCAAGAGCUCUACGGACUGAAGAGUUUAGCGGUCAUGCGAGGAAUGGAAAGCCUUGCCGACAUUUACGAGUCCCAAGACCGACUCGAAGAAGCAGAGAAGAUGUCUACCCAGGCCGUGAAUAUUGCGCAGGAGGUCUUUGGUCUUGACCAUAAAUAUACUCUAGAGCAGGUAGGGAAGUUAUUGUCCAUUUACCAGAAGCAGAGCCGUUGGGUGGAAGCGGAAGCUCUGCAUGCCAAGGCGAUCGAGGGGAGCAGGAUCGCCUUUGGGCCCGAUCACCCCGAGACGUUGCACAUGAUGAAAAGUCUAGUGGACACGUACAGAUACCAGAAACGCUGGGAUGAUGCAGAGAAGUUACAGGUUGCUAUUAUAGAGGGUCUAAAGAAAGCGCUAGGCCAAUACCAUAUCGUCACCCUCUCAAGCGAAGCAGAUCUGGCUCUCAUCUAUAGUGAUCAAGCCCAAUGGGCGAAAGCUGAGGAGCUGGCACAGCAUGUCCUGGCAAUCCGCGAGGAGGCAUUGGGUCCUGAAAGCUCUCAUACCUUGAACAGCAUGAAGGAUUUGGUACAUAUAUACCGCUGUCAACGUAAAACUGACGAGGCCGAAGAGUUUGCCUACGAAAUCAUGGAGAGAAGCAAGAGAGCAGUUGGCGCGGGCAUCCCGAUACCCUGCAAAGCAUGGGCAGAGUUGCGAUGA